AUGAAAGCGCAGGCCGACAAGCAUAGAUCCCUAAGAUCUUUUCAACCAGGUGACUUGGUCUAUUUGAAAGCUCAACCUUAUGUGCAGACCUCCUUAGCUCAGAUAUCCUCCAACAAAUUGGCUUUUCGCUUCUUUGGGUCAUUUCUUAUAAUUGAGAAGAUCGGUCAGUCUGCAUAUCGUCUGCAACUUCCACCUUAUUGUCUUAUACAUCCAGUGUUUCAUGUAUCCCAAUUAAAGAAGGCGGUUCCAUCUACUGCAGUCGUUCCGCAAGCAAUCCUGGAUCGCCGGCUUCGUCAGCAAAAUGACACAAUGAUUACUCAAGUCUUGGACUCGAACUCGGAUGAGAACUCGACCGCGUACUCAAGGCGCGACAGCAAUGGCGGCGUCUUGGUAAUCUCGCUUGAUCGCUCCGACACCGGCCAGCGAAGGUCCAUCUUGCAACCCGCUCCGGCACCGGCCAGCCAGGAUGAACGACCUCAUGACCGACUCCUUCGUCGCGCCACGGCCAAGGCGCAACAGGGCGGCGCGGCCGCGGCCGCCCCCGCCGGCGGCAGCGACGACCCGGAGCUCGGCGCGUUCCUGGUCAAGGCAGACGCCGCAAAGACCGAGAUGGCCGCGCUGCGCGACGAGCUGUCCCAUCUCCGAUCCGCGCACGAGGCGUCCAAGAACGCCGUGGUGGGCGCCGGCGGCAGGUCUCCGCGGACCGCCGGCGCGGAGCAGGAGGAGACCGCGAAGGAGGUGGCGGAGGUGGAGCGCGGCCUCGUGGAGCUCCAGCAGCUGUUCCUGGACAUGGCCGCGCUCGUGGAGGCCCAGGGCGCGCCGCUGGACGACAUCGAGCGGCAGGUGGGCGCGGCGGCCGGCGACGUGGCCGCGGCCGAGGCGGAGCUGCGGGAGGCCCGCCGGCUGCAGGGCGCCGCGCGCCGGAGGCGGGUCUGCCUGGCCGGCGGGAUCGCGGCACUGCUGCUCGUCGGCGUUGCCGUCGCCGUCGUUGUAGCCCUCGUGCUGGCGCGCAGGGGCGGCGGCGGCGGGAAGCUUGUGGUGCAGCUCGCCGCGGCCUUGCCCGCGCGGUGA